AUGGCACCUUCUUUGUUGGAAAUAAUACCUUUGCCCCAACAGACCCCUAGAGAACCAUCCCCCGCCGAAGUCGAAAAUGGUCGCUAUCAACCACCUCCCUCGCGACGCUGGUAUAAUCUUAUCUUUGAAACCAUUGGCCCUAUGACUCUCAGAAAUCGUCAACCACAGUCUCGCUAUCCCUUGAUAUCUGGUAGACCUCGCACUUCAACAACCGCCAAGAGGAAGCAAGAGUAUGUCGUCACCGAGACUGUCCUACCGGACUCUGGACCGGAAGAAUUGCCAGCCAAACAACUCCCAACGAUGGCAUUUGUUAAACUAGCAUGCGUGCUCAUUCCAAUGACCGUUUUAUCUCUCUUAGGUAUCAUGCAUAUCGCAUCAUUCUUCUUGAAUGGACAUGCUCUACUACUGGAAAGCGACUUCGACUUCCUACCCGAUUGGGGGAAUCCAGGAAAGGUCGGAGAAGGCCUAGCACAUUACCCUACCGAUGCAACCCGAGAUGUCAUGCCAAUUCCUGUUCAUUCUCACAACGACUACUGGAGGCGGAUACCGCUGUAUGAUGCCUUGCAUUACGGUUGUACCGGUGUAGAGGCAGACGUCUGGCACAUUGAAGACGAGCUCUUCGUUGGCCAUAGCACAUCUGCUCUGACUCCUAAUCGCACUUUCAAAAAUCUUUACGUGGACCCUCUUAUCUCGCUGUUGGAUAAACAAAAUCCUCUUACUCCAUUCGGUAACACUAAGAACCAUGGAGUUUACGACGAAGAUCCGGACCAGACAUUGGUGCUCCUUGUUGAUCUCAAGACGGAUGGACCUAGCACAUUCCGAAAAGUGCAAGAGCAACUCGAGGGUCUUCGUUCGAAGGGUUAUCUCACCCACUUCAAUGGGACCCAUACUGUUCCCGGAGCAAUCACUGUUGUCGGAACCGGAAACACCCCCUUCGAUCUAUUGACCGCCAACACGACAUAUCGCGAUAUCUUCUACGAUGCUCCUUUGUCGAUGCUGUGGGAGCCAUCACCGAUCUCAUUGUCCGACAUCAACAUAGACUCCGAACUACGUGGCUUGACGGAGAUCGAAGACUAUCAUCCGUCGACAGCAGGUCAAGGUAAGACCGGCUUGCCUGCCGACACUCCCGCAUCCGCAUUCAACACUAGCACAUCCUACUACGCUAGUAUCAAUUUCAAAAAGUCAGUCGGACGCAUCUGGCGCGGCAAACUGUCACACAAGCAGAUGAAGAUCAUCCGUGGUCAGAUCAGAGGCGCCAAGAAAGCGGGUCUCCAGGCGAGAUACUGGAAUACACCAAAAUGGCCGGUCAGUCUUCGCAAUCACGUCUGGCAUGUCUUGGUUCAAGAGGGAGUCGGCAUGCUCAAUGCAGAUGACCUAAAAGGUGCUGCGACAGAGGACUGGAGGCGCUGGAGGCGCGAAUGGUAUGUUUGA